GUAAAAUACGUAUAUUCUGGUGGUUUAUUGUUUGCAUGGCUCAGAGGAUAAUACGUAACAAACGACCAAUUCAAAGGUGACGUUACACAACGAUGGUAGUUAAAAUUACCAAGGAGGAUGAAAGACUCUUGGAAGAAUACAGUCAAGCAGCUUCUAAAAGUUCUGAGAAGCUAGUUUACGUUAACGCAAUUAUGAUAUCUUCGAUUCCUAUCUGGUUAUUUUGGGGCGUUCACAAAAUGCCUCUGAUAGCUAAUUCAUUCUUGUAUGUAAUCAUUUCACUGGCCUCAACCUUCCUCAUAUCUAUCGCAUACAAAAAUUCAAAAACGCCUUUGAUGGAAAAGAUUGCUAUCCGUCGAACCGAAGCAAUUACCAAAGAAGUCAAUAACGAAGCUGGUAAAGACAAAAAGUUGUCGAAGAAGAACAGAGAGGAUGUUGUCCGUGAACGAACUAAAAAGGUUGCUGAUUACGAAUCUACGACUUUCUCAAUAUUUUACAAUAAUUGUCUAUUUCUCCUAGUCUUACUGUUACUUUCUGCCGUCCUUCAUCAUUUCUCGAAUCAAGUUUAUAAACAGAUGAAUUAUUAGGUUGUCCAACAUCUGAUCAAUCCCACUAGUCAUUUCACAUGAAAAGUUUUAGCUUGCUAACAAUUUUACAAUUAUUUGACAACAUACUCUGUUUUUGACCGCAGUAAGUCUAAAGGUGUUUACUUAACGGAAUAUACUAUGAUACUUAACGUUCGUUUAAAACGUGAAAGACCACUAGCUUGUUUUUCUUUGCUUUUUCAUCUCAACCUUCAUUUGGGGUAGUUGUAAAAUGAAACCCAGUUUCAAAGUUUGCUUGGUGUUUCAUAAUAUCAAUCACAAGGCAAUCCCAUUACCAAAGUAAUUUACGUAUGACGAGAUGUAGUUUUAAUGUUUUCCAUUUCCUUAACUAAUAAAUUAGGAAUUACUCUGUAUCGAUGUUACUCGCUGCCGGCGCAACUGCUUUCUUGUCAUCCGGGAAAGGAUCAUUUUGAUUCCAUUAGUAAUAUACGCUUUUCGAAAUGCUUGCCUUCUAAAGUCGAUUGUGAAAGUAAUUUGAUCAAUGUUAGUAAAAGUUUUAUUAAUGUUGUGUAUAUGUAAAUUAUCAAGAUUUCAUUGCAUUAGAA